AUGAGGGGUGUCACAGCCACGAAGAUGGCGAGGCACGCCGUGUUUUCUUUAUUCUUCUAUGCGUUGCCGGUCUUGCAGAUGUCACCAGCCUCGAUCCUGAAAGAUCUCACUCUUCUCAGGAGAGAGGAACUUGCAGAGAAAUGGGACAACCUGGGCUUCUCCAUUCGACCAAUGAAUGGCCAUGUCAGGUAUACGUGGUCCGAUGGCAACUGGGAUUCCGGCGUUUUCGUCCCAGCUCCAUAUCAGUUGAUGCACAUCAAUGCAGGAGCCCUGCACUAUGGUGUGUCGGCCUUUGAAGGCAUGAAGGCCUUCGCUUGCAAGGAUGGCAAGAUCCGCUUGCUGAACCCUGAGCUGAAUGCUCGGCGAAUGCAGAAAGGUGCUGAGGCACUUCUGCUCCUCGGUACUGCCAUGGUGAGCAACAAUCACGACCGUGCUGCGCCCAAGGGUCUUGGCGCUGUGAAGGCAGCAGGGAACUACGCAGCAGACCUAGCCCCGGUGCACCAAGCGCACGCGGAUGGCUACAACACCACCCUGUACUUAGAUGCCAAGGAACGCAAGUUCAUCGAGGAGUUCUCGGUGUGCAACUUUGUGGGCAUCACUAAGGAUGGCCGCUAUGUGACACCCAAGUCUGACACGAUUUUGCAGUCCACGACCAACAUCAUGCUGCAGCAGCUUGCGAAGGAUCGUGGUAUGAUUGUGGAAGAGAGACCCAUCGACUUCGAGAAAGAGAUUGGAAACUUCAAAGAAAUUGGUAUGUGUGGCACAGCGGCUGUGGUGGUCAAGGUUAACUCCAUCAGCUUCGGGGACAAGGUCUAUGAUUUUGAAGACUUUGAUGUCAUUUCGGGCCUGCGAAGUCAGCUCACUGGAAUUCAAUGCGGAGAGGAAGAGGACAAACACGGAUGGAUGAAAGAAGUUUGUGACGUUGUGAACGAUAGCAUUCCAGAGGUGUUCCCAGUGCAGACGCGCUCCUUUGCGCCUGACAUGGUAACCGCAGAGGCGAAGGGGCAGGUCCAGCGUAUGGGCAGCCAAGCGAUGCACGGUUUGGAGCGCCUCCUUUUGGAACACGUCGUUGCCAAUGCGGAGCCCGGCAACCCCGACAGUGUCCUUGCUGCCAUGGAUGCUUUUUGGAACAAGACUUUCCAAGCCCAAGGCGCAGAAAAGUGGAAUGUACGCGGGCUCAAGAUUGAGGAGGCGGUCAGAGACAAAGUUCAAGCCAAGGCUUCCUCCGGAGCGCCAGUGCGAUGCCUGGAGAUGGGCACUUACUGUGGAUACAGUGCCCUACGGAUAGCUCGAAACCUGCCAGCUGGAGGGAAGCUCCUCAGUGUUGAAAAGGAUGAACUUUUUGCUGCCAUUGCAACAAAGAUCAUCGAGUUUGCAGGCCUAGACGACAAGGUGAAGAUUUGGAUGGGCACGGUGCACUCAGAGAUCGCCAACAUUACCAACAGGCUGGAACACGAAGCAGCAGACUUUGUCCUAGUCGACCACUCGAAGGAGAGAUACGUUCCAGACUUGAAGCUGCUGGAGGAAUGCGGAAUUGUUUCCAAGGAAACCGCAGUGGUUGGUGACGUGGAAGUAUACCCUGGUGAUGAGAGGCCUCCCAAGGUUAUUGAGGAGGAGAUCAGCCGUUUCUUCUCCGACAGAGCGUUUGGAUUGGCCACCAUGGAUGACCCGAGGUUCCUGACUUUGACCAACCAGUCGAACAACUGCAUCCUCCGCUUCACCGUCUUUGCUCGCUGCGCUCGUGAAUUGGGAGAAGAGGACACGCGCUGCAAAUAUCAGUAUUACCGUGCUCAGACCGCAUGCCCUGAAUCGCAAUUGGAGGACUGGAUGGAGCACCGUGCACGUGGCUCGUGCCACCUGGACGUUUUGCCUGACCGCAGCACCAUGCAUGUGCGGCAGUAG